UUCUCUUCCCCUGUUGUUUUUUCCUGAUCACUUUCAUAUUUAAUUUUAACUGUCAUUUUUAUCUAUUACUAUUGUUGAUUUCUUUCCAAAGCUGAAUAGCAUCACUGGGAAUUUUCUCUGGUCUCCUUGUGUCUAAUUCUCCCUGAAUUGCUCUUUGUAUCUGGGACCCUGUUCUCAGAUCCAGAGAUCCCUCUUCAGGGAAAGAUUUGAGAGGAAUCAGACUUUUUAUACCUUUAUCAGGCACAGAAUGUAGUGCCAAUUGCCAGGAUCAAUACAGCUGUAGUUGCCAGGAUACAGUGAUGUUUGCAGGAUAUACGAGAUGAAUGUCCAAGACCAAUUGUCCUGUGAAAGCUUCUUCUACGAGAUCAUAGAGAGAAACACAAAGCUGCCGGAGAGCUUCACUGUCUACACAGUACUCACAGGGGCCAUGAAAAACCUAUGAUGUGUGCCUCUCAAGGCAGCUAGGCCAAGCCAACUCCAUGAUUCCCUGCAUCCUCUGACCUUGACUUAUGUGUCACCAGUACAUACAUACACACACGAAUAAGUUUUCUUAAUGCUUGGAGUAAUCCACACUAUACACAUCAUCGCCUGCACUUACCAAUGGAAGGCUGCUCCUUCUGUGUAUCUUGAGGCAGUCUCAGCUGAGGGACUGCCCAGACUAGACUGGCAUGUGGACUUGUCUAUGAGCAAUUGUCUGGGUUGUUGAUUGAUAUUGAUAUAGUAGGGCCCAGCCCACUGUCAACAACAACGUUCCCUAGACAGAUGGUCCUGGGCUAUAUUUUUUAAAAAAGCCAGCUGAGUAUGAGCCUUAAGUGAGCUAGCAGUGUUCCUCCAUAGUUUCUGUUCUAAAUUCCUGCUUGAAUCCAAGCCCUGGUUCCCCUCAGUGAGGGACUGUGACCCGGGGAGUGUAAGCCAAAUAAACUCCAUCUCAGUUACUUUACUGCUGUGGUUACUUUGCACCAUGACCAAAGCAACUUAGAAAAGAAAGCAUUUAAGGGCUUGCUUACAGUUUCAGAGGGUGAGUCCAUAACCAUCAUUGCAGGGAGCGUGGUGGCAGGCAGGCAGGCAGGCACUAGAGUUGUAGCUGAGAGCUUACAUCUGAUCACAGCAGAGCAUUCUGAGAAUGGCUUGGGCCCACCGCUGGGGACACACCUCCAACAAAGCCACACCUCCGAUUGCUUCCUAAAACGUUGCACCAGCCGGGACCCCAACACUGAGCUGUGUGAGCCAGUGGGGGACACUCUCGUUCAGUCCACCCCACAUUCUUUCCUCACCUAAGUCGCUCUUGCUGGGAGUGUUCAUCGCAGCAGCAGAAGUCAAAGUAGAACACCUGUGUGUUGCUUGCAGUUGCAGUGUGGGAGGAAGAGGAGGCCGCAGAGUAGACGGCAGGUCUGAUGGCCAAGCCGUAGAACCGACGGAGGCAUUGUCCUCUCAGCCUGGUAUCAGCGGAGAGUGAGCACCAGCCGCUGCCAGUCCCUUUAUUGUGUAAUAACGUGGGAUGUUUCAGGACCCGGUGACCUUUGAGGAUGUGGCUGUGAGCUUCACCGAGGAAGAAUGGGCCUUGCUGGAUGUUUUCCAGAAGAAUCUCUACAGAGAUGUGAUGCGGGAAACCUACAGGAAUCUGACUUCGAUAGGAACGAAAUGGGAACAGUGGAAUUUGGAAGCUUACUACAGAAGUCUAAAGAGAAAUAUGAGAAUACAAAUGGUAAAGAGAGACGAUGAACUUGCAGACAAUGGCCAGUAUAGAGAAGCCAUAGCCCAAAAUCCAGUCGAUAUCACAAACAAGACUCCUGAACUUCCUGAUUGCCACAGCAUCAGUCAGUCGUCCCCGAAGAGGCAUGUUAUGUUCACCUCUAAGCAGAGAACAUGUGACUAUCAGAAAUAUGUAAAGAAAUACUGUGAAUGUGAAACAUGCGGUAAAACCUUUAUGUGCUCAAGCUCCCUUAAAAAACAUAAAAAGAUCCACAAUGGAGAGAAACCUUAUAAAUGUCUGCAUUGUGAGAAAGCCUUUCGUUAUCGGCACUGCGCCGAUAGGCAUAUGCUAACUCACAAUGCAGACAGGCACAAAUGCAAGGUGUGUGGAGAAACCUUUCCUAAUGCCGAUGCCCUUCGGGGACAUAAGGUAAUUCACUCUGGAGAGAUACCUGAAUGUAAGGAAUGUGGGAGGAUGUUCUGGACUGUCAGUUCCCUGGACAUGCAUAGAAGGCUUUAUACAACAGAAAAACUUUAUGAAUGUAAACACUGCCGGAAAACCUUCAAGAGUUACUGUUUCUUUAUAUUACACGAGAGGAUUCACACUGGGGAGAAACCUUAUGAAUGUAAGCAGUGUGGGAAAACCUUCAGACAUUCCAGCCACGUUCAAGCACAUGAGAGAAUUCACACCGGAAAGAAACCCUAUGAAUGUAAAGAGUGUGGGAAGACCUUUAGUUCUGGCCACUGUGCAGGGAGACAUUUAGGGACACACGGUGGAGCCUGGCCUUACAAUUGGGGGUUUUUUGGGAAGUUUUUUCUUUUUUUUUUUUCCUUUGGAACCCUUGAAAAAAGCCACGCCAAGGAGAAGCUUUAUGAAUGUAUGCAGUGUGGGAAAACCUUUAAAUAUAGUUCUUCCUUACGGAACCAUUUGACCACUCACACUGGAGAGAAGCCGUAUGAAUGUAAGGAGUGUGGGAAAACCUUCAGUUGUUCCAGUUACAUCCAGAAUCACAUGAGAACACACAACGGACAGCCCUACAAGUGUCAGGAAUGUGGUAAGGGGUUCUCGUAUUCCAAAAGUCUUAGGAGACACAUGCAUCUACACAGUCAGUUGGUGAUGGGUAGUUUUAAGUUUGAGUUAGAAGAAGUUGAGUGUGAGUAGAAGAACUCCACACAUUCCAGCACAUGGGGUAAAAAUGAGCUUAGGGGUGCAGUCGGGGGGGGGGGAAGUCUGCAACGGUUUCAGUCAGAAGUACGUGCCACGGUUUGUUCGGGGUGUCAAACCCUAUGAGUUGACAUCCUGUUGGGAAGCAUUUCAGCGCUGAGGACUUGAGAUGAAUACUCACUUGGGAAAGCUUUUUGCCCAUCCUUGUUAGCACACAUGGGCAGGAAGACACAGUGGAAAGCAAACCUAUCUCUGUUAAUAGGAUGGGAAAGUUCUACCUUGAAUUUCAGCAGUGUGGAAAGUCUUCAAUAAGCUCCGCCACAGACCCAGACUCUGUAAAUGAAGGAAUACUUGAACUUUUGCAAUGUUAAUGUUUUCAAACCCAUGACAUGAAGUGAGUCCCCAAAUCUCAUAAACCUAAGAAGUUUAAAACCUGUUGAUUGCAGUGCUGUCCAGAAGCCACAAUUGCAAAGAAAUGUCAUAGUGGCCUGUGAUCUUUCUCUAGCUCACUGCUAAAUGUGUGGAUUUCUGAUUCUUAGUCAUAAUUCUGUUGGUAUUUUUUGAUGUAGUUAUACAUGGUUUUUUUGUUUGUUUUGGUUUUUGGUUUUUCGAGACAGGGUUUCUCUGUGUAACAGUCCUGGCUGUCCUGGAACUCGCUAUGUAGACCAGGCUGGCCUCGAACUCAGAGAUCCACCUGGCUCUGCCUCCCGAGUGCUGGGAUUAAAGGUGUGCUCCACCACUGCCUGGCUUAGUUAUAUAUGUUUGAUCGACAUAAUUUAAGUGCUUUUGUGAUUAAGGGACCAAUAAAAUCUGACUUUGUAAAUUGUC